UUUCUCGUGAAGCCUUCCUUCAUCGAUCCCUCAUUACAUUACAUAAAUCACAGUGGCAAAAGCACGAAACACCUGACCCCCUGAAAUCAGUUUUCCUAAAACAUUUUACACUUCGUCGUGUAUUCAACCUGCACUGCAUUUUCUUUCUUUCUUUUGUCCCAGGAAACCUACCUUUCUUGCAGGUCAGAUCAGCCUUUUUCUCUCCACCAUUUUUGAAACUGCUUCCCAGAAUUGCAGCUUUUCUUGUUUCUCCUCCCCACAUUUUGUGGCUGAUUUUAAGUAGUACUACUGCAUUUUGAUCAAGAAUGAAUUUCUAAUUAGAUUAGCAGAAAUGUAUCUUAGGGCUGCAUUUUGUGGGUCAAGAAUUUCUUGAAAAUGUAUCUAUGGAGCUUCCAUAGUUUCCCCAAAUCUCAAGAACUUUUCGGAUGCCUUAUUUUUAUGGGAAAAAAGAAAAUGCUGUUUUUGAGCUUGUUGAAUAUCAUCCUUUUUGGGCUUCUGUCGACUUCUCAAUCACAGCUCCUGAAUGAUGAACUGACAUUGUUUGCAAUUGGGCAAGAGUUGAAAAUCACUGGGUGGAGUAUGAACACUUCCCAUUACUGCACUUGGCCAGGCAUUUCUUGCUCCCCAAAUUUUUCAGCUGUGCAAAAGCUUGAUCUUUCCAAUCAGAGGCUACAAGGUAAUGUCACUGUCAUUUCCCACCUCAAAUCCCUCAAAUGGCUCGAUCUUUCUUCCAAUUCCUUCCAUGGCAUCAUCCCACCUGCAUUUGGGAACUUAUCUGAGCUUGAGUUUCUUGAUUUGUCAUUCAAUCAUUUUGAGGGCUCCAUACCUCUGGAGCUCUCCAGGCUUAGAAAUCUCAGGGCCUUGAAUCUUUCCAACAAUGAAUUGGUUGGUUUGAUCCCUGAUGAGCUUCAGAGUUUACACAGUUUGCAGGAUUUGCAGAUUUAUACCAACAGAUUGAAUGGUUCAAUCCCUUCUUGGAUUGCAAACUUAACCAAUCUUAGAGUGUUCACUUCUUAUGAAAAUGAAUUGAGUGGCGAAAUCCCGAAUACUUUAGGUUCAAUUUCUGAGCUACAACUGUUGAAUUUGCAUUCAAAUCGUUUGGAAGGAUCAAUCCCUGAUAGCAUUUUUCAUAUGGAAAAGCUUGAGACUUUAGUCCUGACUCAGAAUCAGUUCAGUGGAUACAUUCCCGGAUCGAUCGGGAACUGUAAAGGGCUGUCGAGUAUUAGGAUUGGCAACAACAAUUUGAUCGGAGGAAUCCCGGAGGAGAUUGGAAAUAUCAUUAGCCUCACUUACUUUGAAGCUAACAACAACAAUCUGUCGGGCGAAAUCACCCCCGAAUUCUCCAAAUGCUCGAAUUUGACACUCUUGAAUUUAGCCUCGAACGGAUUCAAUGGAACCAUCCCCUCCGAGUUUGGCUUGCUAGGGAAUCUGCAGGAGCUUAUUGUUUCCGGGAAUGCCCUGUCGGGCGACAUCCCGACUUCUGUUUUCAGAGGAAAGAAUCUCAACAAGCUCGAUUUAAGCAGUAACAGAUUCAAUGGCAGCAUUCCGGAGAGUAUCUGCAGCAAUUCGUCGAGGCUGCAGUAUCUUUUGCUGAGUCGAAACACGAUCAGAGGGCAGAUACCGAGCGCGAUCGGGAACUGCUUGAAACUGCUUGAAUUGCAGCUGGGAAGUAAUCUUUUGAGUGGAAGUAUUCCUGCUGAGAUUGGGAGAAUCAAGAACUUGCAGAUUGCUCUUAACUUGAGCUUCAAUCGUCUGCACGGGCAGCUGCCGGAGGAUCUUGGGAGGCUCGACAAGCUUGUGACUUUAGAUGUAUCGUAUAAUCAGAUCAGCGGGAGCAUUCCCGCCGCGCUCCGAGGGAUGCUGAGUUUGAUCGAGGUGAAUUUUUCGAACAAUCGUCUAACCGGGGCGAUACCAUCGUUUGCGCCAUUCCAGAAGAGUUUGAAUUCAAGCUUUCUCGGAAACAAAGGGCUCUGCGGCGAACCGCUGAUCGUUUCGUGUCAGUCGAAGAACGGGAACGGUUAUUACCACCACAGGGUGUCAUACCGUCUCGUGCUGGCGGUGAUUGGCUCGGGAUUGGCCGUGUUUGCGUCUGUGACGGUCGUCGUUUGCCUGUUCAUGAUGCGGGAGAGGCAAGAAAAAGCGGCGAAAGACGCUGCCGAGGCCGGCGAGGGUGAAGAUGGAAUCGGCGACAGCUUGGUGAUAUUAGCAGGGAAUGUGUUUGUCGAGAAUCUUCGACAGGCUGUCGACUUCGAAGCUGUGGCGAAAGCGACGGUGAAGGAAUCGAACAAGAUCAGCGUUGGGACGUUCAGCGCUGUGUACAAAGCGGAGAUGCCGUCGGGGAUGAGUUUGUCGGUGAGGAAACUGAAAUCGAUGGAUCGAACAAUUAUCAAUCAUCAGGGGAAGAUGAUCCGCGAAGUCGAAAAACUUAGCAAGCUCAGCCACGACAACUUGAUGAGACCGAUCGGGUUUGUUCUAUUCGAAGACGUUGUCUUGCUGCUGCACAAGCAUUUCGAGAACGGUACGUUGGCGGAGUAUCUCCGGGACUCGACUAAGAAGCCUGACUGGCUAUCGAGGCUCGCAAUUGCGAUCGGCGUCGCCGAAGGUCUCGCAUUUCUACACCAUGUGGCGAUUCUCCAUCUCGACAUUUCGUCAGGGAACGUCGUUUUGGACACGGAUUUGAACCCGUUGGUUGGCGAAGUUGAAAUUUCGAAGCUCCUCGAUCCAUCCCGGGGCACGGCGAGCAUCAGUGCUGUUGCGGGCUCGUUUGGUUACAUUCCGCCAGAGUAUGCGUAUACGAUGCAAGUGACGGCGCCGGGGAACGUUUACAGCUACGGGGUGGUGUUGCUCGAGAUUCUUACGAGUCGGCAGCCGGUGGAAGACGGGUUUGGGGAAGGGAUUGAUUUGGUGAAGUGGGUUCACGGGGCGCCGGCGAGGGGCGAGACGCCGGAGCAGAUUUUGGACGCGCGGCUGAGCACGGUGUCGUUUGGGUGGAGGAAAGAAAUGCUGGCGGCGCUUAAGGUGGCGCUGCAGUGCACGGACACAACGCCGGCGAAGAGGCCUAAGAUGAAGAAAGUUGUGGAGAUGUUACGAGAAAUCGGGUCGGAAUAAUCGGUAACUAUGAUAAGACAAGGCAAGACGAGAAGACAACCUUAACCGAUCAGAAUGCUCUGAGUGAUUCUUGUUUGCUUGAUUAUAACGGAGAUGGAGAUGCAAAUGGGCGAAGUUAUUUGUGAUUUGUAGCGGUGAAGAAAGUAGGAAGGAGCGAUUUAUUGAAUAUAUUUAGCUCGAUCGAACGUUAUGGUUGUCGUAUAUAUAUGUUGUACUUUUAUUGUCGUUGAAAAAUAUGCUCGUUGAUUC